CGAUUCCAUUCGAUUCGUUGAUUUCUUAAUGAAACGUAUCACACUUUUCUUGACGACACUCACUCGCUUGAUUUUCGCAAGGCAUUGAAUUAAAUUAAGAAGGUGUAUACAUAUGCAAAACCACAACCACUGUGGUGGCGAAAAAUAGCGAGGAUUUUUGCUAUAAUUUAUCACACAGAUAAAUAAGUAGCAGGAGGCAGGGUGCAUAUGCCGUUUAGCUCUUCUUGGAGGUUCUUUCUUGGUUAGUUUUUUGGUGAAUGACUAAUCUCCUCAAAGAAAAAAGAGUGUAUGGAAUGGAUGGAAGAAGAAAGUAAAGUGCUGCAAUUUGUCUGUUUCUUCUUCGUUACGUGUAUCCGACAUGACUGACUAUCCGUUAUUGUGAUAUUAAAAGGUGGAUUUACUAUACGGAGUGGAGACAGGAUCAGCGUAAUAUCAUCCAUUCAACACGUUUUAUUUCAUUCCGUUUUAAGAAAGAGUGUGGAAUAAAAAGUCUGUUGAGGAGAGGAACAAGAAAAGAUUUAGAAAGAAUCAUCCUUUGUGUGUGACGGAUUCCUGCUCAAAGUCACACUUUUGACUAAAAUCUGUGCCAAAGUUUUAAUCAAGAAGAGAAUAAGUACAUGCGAAAUUUAGAGGUUGCUUAAACAAUGCGAGAAAUGUACGUUGUGUUUGUAAAAUAAAAGUGUGGUGGAAGAAUUCUUGAAAUAAAUUAUGGAUGUUUUUUAUGGUUGAGUGUGAAAAAGUGAAAAAUUCAUUUUCAAGUGAAAUGUUGACUUGUUUAAUAAGUUUUUAUUUAAGAAAGCGACGGGUUGUUUUUGGAAAUAUACUUUGUUUAAGAUAAAAUACGAGUUUUAGUACUUAUUGUUCAAAAAUGGAUAACAGAAGUACGGGUCAAAGUUCGUCGAAAUUGACAAAAUCGGGGAAUAAUUCAACCUCUGCGUUAAUGACCCCACCCACGACGCCCUGUUCGAGUAAAGGAAUUGGUAAUAAUAUGCCAAAAAAUGGGAGAGAUUCGUCUACAGGAAGUGGACCACGAUUGAUUGUGGAUUUCUCAGAUUUAACCGUCCCAGUUCCAACCACGCCGAGAAGUCUGCAACCGGAAGAAUUGAGACGAUUAUUUCUAGUCUCGUUGGAGAAAAUGAUUACUCUCGAACCGGAAUCUUUACCAUUUAGACAACCUGUUGAUCCUUUGGCUCUCGGAAUACCCGACUAUAAUGACAUAAUUCGAAAACCCAUGGAUUUGCAAACCAUCCGGAUCAAGAUGAAUUUAUUGAAAUACACCGACCCCUGGAUGUAUGUCGAUGACGUCCUUUUGAUGAUGGAUAACGCCUGGGUUUACAACCGACCUGCCUCAAGAAUCUUCCAUUAUUGUGAAAAGUUAUCUGAAAUCUUCCAACAAGAAAUUAACCCCACGAUGACCCGACUGGGUUAUCGCCACGGACGAAUUCACCAAUUCAAUUCUCAAACUCUGUCCUGUUUUGGUCGUCCGGUCUGUCUCAUUCCGAGAAACGCGACAUAUUACAACUUUCUCAGAUUCCACCUGUGCGAAAAAUGCUACUCUGCCAACAUGCAAGAAGACGGGAUAAAACUUCCCUGGCAGAACAAUGUAACGGUCGACAAAGAAAACUUUAUCAAACUCCACAACGAUGCGGAAAACUCGUACUCGCCAGCUGCCGAAAUGCACCGAGCGUAUCAGCGCGAUGCUCAGAUGUCUCGGCAACUCGUUAUCAGAGAAUUCCUCAAAUUACUCUCCUCCUCCACCGUCCAUCCCGACAAGAAGAAAAACGUGCGGAAAAUGUUGCGUCUGAAUGGCCAGUUGAGGUCGGAAUUCGUCCAGUAUUUCCACCAAGAGACGGAAGCCUACCUCCUCACACCGACCGAAGUGGAGAGGAUUAAACAACAAUUAAGGAUUAUCGAAGAGGGCGAAAGUAGCAGUAAUCAACCCGACGUCGUACAAAAGAUUAAGCAGACGAAUUCAUCCACAUCGUCGUCAGAUUCUUUGGAUAAUAAUAAUCUCGAAGACAAUCGUCGUCACAGUCGUGACGACCAAAACCACGCCAUUCUUGACGUCGACCUCGAGCAGGAGGAAGAUGGCGACGAAGAAGAAGAUAGCGAAACUCGGGGUAGCAAUGAGAGGAGAAGUAGUUCGACAAAUAAUAAUAAUAAUUCUGAAGGUGACCUUGAUCCGGGGAGGUCAACGUCAAAUUCACACUUGUUGACUGGUAGUGGGGUCGAAUUGGAGUCGAGUAGUGGUAGCAGUAAUUGUAGCACGCUUUCUUCACUUAAGUCGCUUAAUUAGUGGAUUCGACUGGAUUUUAAGUUAAGAGAUGUUUGUGCAUUUGUCCAAGUUAUAAGUUAUCAAAAUGUGUGUUAUCAAAAAAUGUCUUCCAACGACUAAAAUAACGUCAUGCCUUCAAGUAAGUGAUUCCACUCAAAAUUACUAAAUCUAUUUUACUUCUACUUCAAUUUCCCAUAAUUUAUAAGGACGAUUUACCCACUUUUGUUACAAUUUAUCCUCUAUCUAUUUUGGAUACAAAUUUUACCUCAUUUACAUAACUUUCUUAUUUUAUUACUAAUAAAUAUGUGUAAUUAUGUGUCUUCACAAUCAUUCUUGUUAUUUAUCUAUAUCAGGUUGUAAAUUAUACGAUUAUUUGAUUCCUACAAAAGUGAGACGGCAUGUAAUAAAGAUGUAUUUUGGAGAAA